UGCUAGGGCAAGGUGAGCCCAGGUGUGACUCGCUGUUAAGCUGUCUGCCGAGGGAACUCAGUACUGCAUUGCAGUGGUUUCUCACUAAAAUUGGAUUGAAAUGACACUGAAUGCGGAUGGAAACAAGAACCCUCUCCGAAGGAGGCGAGAAGACGGAGAGGACAACGAUAAUGUCGGCGUGAAGAGGGACAGAACGGAAGCCAGCCGGCUGGAGUCUUGUUUGGAUCAACCACUGGGCACAGGCGGUAUCCAUGAAGUCAUCAAAUAUGUGCCCUCACCUCUACCAGCCAAACAUUAUGAUCCCGACACCACUGAACCAAUCAGCGGUGGUCUUCAAACUUUGGAGGAGUUGUUGUCUUGGAAACGAAGCGAGGCAAACCCUUUCAAUGUGGCAGCAGUCCCUCUGGCACCUCGGGAGCCUCCUCUGGCCAGCUGUCCACUGCGGACCCUGGUGUCUCACGAUAUGAUGGGAGGCUACUUAGAUGACCGGUUUGUUCAGGGGACAAUUGCAGAGGCCCCAUAUUCCUUCUAUCACUGGCAGUAUAUCGAUAUUUUCAACUACUUUGCACACAAGCUGGUGACUAUUCCUCCUGCUGUGUGGACCAAUGCUGCACAUAAACAUGGAGUCGUCGUGCUUGGGACUUUCAUCACGGAGUGGACUGAUGGAGCCGCGAUGUGUGAGGCCUUCCUGAAAGAUGAGGAGUCGUACCGGGCAGUGGCUGAUAAAUUAGUCCAGAUCAGUCACUGUUAUGGCUUCGAUGGCUGGCUCAUUAACAUAGAGAACGAACUGAGUGCAGUUGCGGUGAAGAACACACCUUUGUUCCUUCGCUACAUGACAGAUCAGAUGCACGAGCGGGUGUCCAACAGCCUGGUCCUGUGGUACGACAGUGUGGUUGAGAAUGGACAGCUACAAUGGCAAAAUGAACUCAACCAGUCCAACAGGAUGUUUUUUGAUGCUUGCGAUGGUUUCUUCACCAACUACAACUGGACUGAGCAGAGCCUCGAGUGGAUGACGGACUACAGUGGGGUUCAAGGCCGCCAAGCUGACAUCUACAUCGGGGUGGACGUGUUUGCCCGAGGCAAGGUGGUGGGAGGAAUGUUCCAGACAAAUAAGGCUCUGGAAUUGAUCCGGAAGCACAAUUUCUCCACUGCCAUCUUUGCUCCAGGCUGGGUGUACGAGACCCAGGAUAAGAGUGAAUUCCGCAUGAAUCAGGACAAGUUCUGGGCUCUGCUGUCAGGCUACCUGUACAUCCAUCGGCCAGUGUCACCUCUCCCCUUCAUUUCCUCCUUCUGCCAGGGCUUCGGGAAGGCUUUCCACUAUAGAGGACAGCGUGAGGCAGAGAGGGGCUGGUUCAACCUGACCGCGCAGGAGAUCCAGCCUUUAUACUACCACACGGAGCUGGAGGGCCAGGGCUGGCUGAGGAGCCGCGGCUGCCCAGAGGACGCCUGGAACGGAGGCUGCUCACUGCUGCUGGACGGACUCAUCCCUGCCUCGCACACAGCUCCAGUUUGUGCCAAGAUCUUCUCCCUCAAUGUUCCCCUGGCAUCCAAGACUCUGGUGACCCUCAUCUACAAGCCGUCUCCUGGGAUCACUGUUUCCCUUGAGCUCAAGACAACAGACGCCAGCCUUUGCACGCACAUUAACGCCCGGGAUGUCAAUCUUACCAGUGUGUCUCCUGCUGCAUUGGAUGAGGGGCACCAGUUGGUGAGCCAGUUCUCUCAGCUGUGUGGUGGUUUGAAUCCAGGUGGUUGGACUGUCAGAUGUUCGCAGCUGGAACUCCGUGGCUGUGCUCUGAGAGAAGUUGCUUUCAGCAUCCAGCGGGAUGGAGAGCCUCAGGACACAGCUUUCAGCUGCAGGGUGGGCGAAAUCAUGCUCUUGGAUGUGGACAGUCUGCAGGUUCCCCCUGAGCUGGUUCAGGGCAUGUGCAUCUAUGACGUGGUGUGGCUGCGUGGUGCUGGUACGUCGCCACACUCUACUUCCAGCUGCCUGCACCUCAAUGCCACUCUGCAGUGGGACUACCCGACCAAACUCGUUCGGCACUUCAGGGUGUACUGGCGGCGGCUAAGAGGACCUGAUCCCCGAAUCCCCCCUGGUCAGCUGGUUCUCGUGGGCCGAGCGUAUUCUAAUCUUUUUAGAGUAACGGAGCUGGCUGUGGCAGAACCACCGGGCCUGCUGGAGCUCGUAGUGGAGCCAGUGAUCAGGAAGGGCUUUCCAGUCCCUGAAAGCCACUGGGGAAGAAGAAGCCUCAGCUACACAGAGGACUUGACUUAAGUUAUCAGGCUGCUUCUCCUUGACUCUUUAAUUAAUUGUGCUACAGUCAUGGCUCUGUAAGUAUUAACAUCCCCACAUCCAUGACACACAGAGAGCAGAGCAGAGAGAUGGAGACAGCCAUGUCAUCUGGUUGCUACUUGUUUCUAGAGUCUUGACCUCACAGUCUGUGUGGCCUUAUGGUGCUACACACCACUGCCCAGAGGUUAAUGCCCAACAACGUCCUGAAAUCAGUCAAGUGAGAAAAAUACAGGCAGAAAGCGAGGUCUCUGCAGAAACAGACAGAAUAUAUAUAUAUAUACAUUAUUUUGGGAAAUCCUGGAUAGUAUAUCUUGAAAGGACAGUUGAUGUUUUAGAAAUUAACUAUUAGUCACAUUUUUAUCAAUAAUUAGAUGAGAACACUGAUACUGCAUCAAUUUCUGUACAGUAAAUAUGAAGCUGCAGACAGUAGAUCGUUGUUUGUAGGUUAGCUUAGCUUAGAAUAAAAACUGAAAGCGAGGGCUGGAUGUGCUGGCGAUGGUGAAACCCUAGAAUGCGGUUGGCAGCGCAGUUGGAGUCAGUUUUGUUCGAAUUAAAAGGAUUAGACAUGACAGUUGCGGACUUUGUUCGUCUUUUUCCAGUAUUUGUGAAAGCUAAGCUAACAUGCUGGCUGUAGCUUCAGCUUUACUGCACAACCUUGAGGCUUUCAUCAUUUUAUCUUAUCUAACUCUUGGCAAGAAAGUAAAUAAGCAUAUUAUUCAUAUAAGUCUCUGUAAUGCCAAAGGUGCCUCGCCACGUUAGGAAAUGUCACUUUAUUAAAAUGAUCCUAUUCUGCGUUUAAAGAAUGAUGUAUCAGAUAGAUGAAUGCUUAACUAGGAACUAGGUUGUAUUUUCAGGGCUACCAUGUAUGUUCUGAGCAUGAGAUUUGCACAGUGGAUCAAACGCACUCAUUACAUCUCAGGUUUCUAACCAUCCAAUGGGGUCUUUUGUUUCUAGUCCAUAUUUCAUUUGAGAUUGCAGUCUGCUGCUAACUCAAGAGGACCUGAUCCCCGAUCAUACUGUCGUCAAAUGCAUUUUGCUUAUAUUUACAAUUUUUUCAUUAGUGCUUGAAAGAAGCUGUAAUAUCAGUGAUCAUGUAUCAACAGUCAGAGAAACGCUCCUGUUGGCUGAUCUUCUGUGUAAGCAGAGCGGAUUUAAAUUGAUUUAACGAUUAAAGAACAAAAAUGUGAUGUGAUGUGUGAAGAUUUACGGUUCUAGGUAUAGAAGUCAUAUAUACUUUUAUUAUUCAAAUCAUUACGUGUACUUGGUUUAUCUCUUAAUCAGUAUUAACCUUUUAGAUAUACAAAUAUGCUUUAUAAACUCUAUUUCAGUAAUAUGUAUGCAAAAUAAAAGCUUUCACAAAGUCACAUUUUCCACAAUGUUCAUGAUUUAUUACUGGAGAACAUUUUGGUGUUUUUGCAUGUCAGGAGAAAGUAGAGCAAGAAAAUUGCAUGACUGAAGGAUAAUUUUCAUAAUGUCAUGACCCCAGCUACACCACCAUUAUCACCUCACAAUAAACUGCAACCUGUGAUCAUCAGUUCUUUUCAGUCAUUCUGUACUCAACCAUUUUCACAUGUCCACAUCCAGUUCACACAUUUCAAAUCAGCUAGCCAGGAGCAGGUGCAUCACACUGAUGGCAGAUUACCUCCAAGUAUAUCACACUCCAUGAAGAAAGACAUGACAGUCAUGUUACAUAACCUGCUCACACAUAUCAGAUGCAUUUUGUGUUUAGAGGGCAGAGAGAAACUAGAUCCCACCUGGAAGAACAUGGAUGCUGUUUGUCCUAUUUAGGGCAGCAGGGGGGGGGGGGGUCAUGCAUUUCAGCCUCUCCUGGUCAAAAUGAGUAUUACAAAAACAAUACAAACAUUUCUUCUCACUAUUCCACCCAUGAAAAAAAUAGUUCCCUGAAAAAAAAAAAAAAAAAGUCACUUGCCCUUCAGGGCC